AUGGUCAUCGCCCCAGACCCCAGGCUCCUAAACGUCCCGCGGGGAGAGAAAGGCCCCCGGGCUGCUGACGCGGGUCCUCCGGCUCUCCUUCCCCCAGACCAGAACGAGUGCAUAAUCGCCAACCCCGCCUUCGUGGUGUACUCCUCCAUCGUCUCCUUCUACGUGCCCUUCAUCGUCACCCUGUUGGUCUACAUCAAGAUCUACAUCGUCCUCCGCAGGCGCCGCAAGCGGGUCAACACGAAGCGGAGCAGCCGGGCUUUCAGGGCCAACCUGAAGGCCCCGCUCAAGGGCAACUGCACUCACCCCGAGGACAUGAAACUCUGCACCGUUAUCAUGAAGUCCAAUGGGAGUUUCCCAGUGAACAGGCGGAGAGCGGAGGCUGCCCGCCGAGCCCAGGAACUGGAGAUGGAGAUGCUGUCCAGCACCAGCCCCCCCGAGAGGACCCGGUACAGUCCCAUACCACCCAGCCACCACCAGAUGACCCUCCCCGACCCGUCCCACCAUGGCCUCCACAGCACCGCUGACAGCCCCGCCAAACCAGAGAAGAAUGGGCAUGCCAAAGACCACCCCAAGAUUGCCAAGAUCUUUGAGAUCCAGUCCAUGCCCAACGGCAAAACCCGGACCUCUCUCAAGACCAUGAGCCGCAGGAAGCUCUCCCAGCAGAAGGAGAAGAAAGCCACCCAGAUGCUCGCCAUUGUUCUCGGCGUGUUCAUCAUCUGCUGGCUGCCCUUCUUCAUCACCCACAUCCUGAACAUACACUGUGACUGCAACAUUCCGCCCGUCUUGUACAGCGCCUUCACGUGGCUGGGCUAUGUCAACAGCGCCGUGAACCCCAUCAUCUACACCACCUUCAACAUUGAGUUCCGCAAGGCCUUCAUGAAGAUCCUGCACUGCUGACCUGUGGCCCACCUGCACGGCAGCCCGCUUCCCACCUCCCUGCCCGGGGAGCCGUGGACAGGGGGCGGCCGGGCGGACUAGGCCUUCUCUCUGCCCCGGCAGGCCCUGCAGUGUUAGCUUGGCUCCAUGCCCCUCGUGCUCGCACACCCUCACUCUGCCAGGGUAGUGCUCGGGAGCCAGGCGCCGUGCCAGCCCUCAGGCUGGACCCCUGGCUCAGGGGCAGCUCAGAGAGCCCCCCCCACCUCGAGGCCCUCUCGCCUUGGCACCAAAGACGCAGCCGCCUUCUCUGACCUUUCUCUGGCGUCCUGGGGUCGCCAGGGCCGGAGGCAGGGCUCAGAGACCGUGCUCUCUGUUGGGUUCGGCUUGGUCCUCACAGGCCGAUGCCGGGGCGGGCAGUGGGGAGGGAUGGACAGGUCACACCCCACAAGGCCAUGCCCAGGAAGCCAGAGCUCCUGCCAAGGCCCCAGGCAAUGCAGUUCUGGGAGACCCAUGUAAAUACCAGACCACAGGGUGAACCCCAGAGGAGUCCAAGCCAAAAAUCUUCACUCGCUCCCUGUCCUGCCCGACAGGAGUGGGUCCUGCCCGGCCCCGCUCCAGCACCCACAUGGUUUCCGUACCUGCUGAGGGCAGAAACCCAGGUCUUGAAGGGCCCCAGGGACGUCUGUGGGGAGAGGAACCUCCCCCAAGCCCACUCUGCUGCCUCCUGACAGACUCGGCGCAUCCUUUCUCGUAGCAACUGUUGGGCCAGGCUGGGAGCAGGCAGGGAAGGCGGGCUUGUGACCACAUCUGGGGCCUGGGUUGGGGUGCUGGAGGUUCUUUGGGGGGCUGCCUCCUGCCACACUCUGCCACAACCCCCCUCUUCUUUCCCUUUUGCCUCUUCUCUCUCCCUUUCCCUUUCCCUUCCACUGUCUCCGCCUUAGAGGAACCUGUGGCGAGGGGGCUGCCGAAUACCCCUUGGCCUGGGCUGGCCCUGCCCUGAGGGAGGAGGGGAAGCUGCAGC